ACUCCCCGCCCCCCGGCUCAGUGAGCAGGUGCCCCGGUGCUGUAAGAGCAGUAUGUCCGCCAGCCUUUGUACCCUGCAGCAGCUCCAGCCGGAGCCCGAGCCGGACAAUGUAAAAACCCUGCGCCUGACCCUCCGCAAUGACCAGUCUCCGGAGAGGGGCGACACCACCAAGGUGAAGCCUGUGGGACGUGCCUUCGCUCUGAUCUCAACUCGGCCACAAAGGGGGUCCCGGACACUCAACUCCGAACUGAUCAAGUCCAAGGAUGGAGAUGAAGAAAUCAUUAAGGUCUACCUGAAAGCGAAAGCUGAGGACAAAGCCAACCACGAAUGGAACGUUAGCCAGCUGAAGAACGAGGUCCGACACAUCCAAGAGGCUCGCACCUCCCUCACACUCCUCAGGAAAGACCUUGAUGCCUCAAAGGAGGGACAGCAGUCGGACAAGGGACUUCAGAAUGGAGUUGGGCACUUUUCAGCACCCUGGUCAGAGUCAGAAGAUGGUGAAGAGUUCCCACUGGAUAACGGGCAGAACUUGCGGGAGACUGCUCAGAGACUGUACGCCAAGCUGCAGGAGACUGAGAAGCGGCAUCAGUCUGACCGCAAGAUGUACGAGGAGAGACUGACCCAGUGGCAACGGGAGGCGGAGCAAAGCAGCAUGGCGCGGCGGGAGGCACAGGAAACGGCCGCUGAAAGGCAGGAAGAGGUAGAGAUGCUGCGGAGGCUGAUGUCCAGUAUGGAGAAGGAACACCAAGAACUGCUGCAGAGGGUUCAGAAUAACGAAAAAGAGAUGGAGAAUAUGAGAGAGGCGAAACAGCAAGACGGCCCGCUGCAGGAGAGGUGCCAAGAGCUGGAAAAAACAGUGUCUGGACUCAAGGAGAAGAUCCACCACCUGGACGACAUGUUAAAGAGCCAGCAACGUAAAGUGCGUCAGAUGAUCGAACAGCUGCAGAAUUCCAGGACCACCAUGCAAGAGAAGGAUUCCAUGAUUCAGGAGUUACGGGAGAAAGUGUCGUGGCUUCAGUCGGAGAACCUGGAACUACAGGACAAACUGGAACACUUUCUGUCCUCCCAACCAGGACACACAUCCUACCUGCCCAGAAAUUAUCCUAACCCCAGCCUAAAGAAUGUCAAGCGAGUGUACAUCCCUGCAGGAUCUGGCAGGCCUUUGCCGCUUAUAAAGUUAGUGGAGACAUGAGCUGUUAUGUGGGAUGGACCCCGUCGCCUAGUCUGUUCUUCACGGGCACCUGCCGGACUGGAAAGGGUGGAUUUUGCACUUUUGUUUACCCGUUGCCUUCCCCCAGUGGAGCAUACACCUUGCAGCUAAGUCUUUCUGCACUGAGAAGUGCAUUACGGCACCGAUGUAGGAUUGUAGACCUUGCUGUAUUGGGGGUGUGUUUCAGGAAUCUACCAACCUAGGUCCCUCGUUGCUGACUCCUGUCCAUUCUGGAUUUUUUUUUCUCCUGUCCAUAAGGACGGGAUAUUCUAGCUGGCUGGUGAGUCUGGAUCUUGGGCUAUGCAAUAACGAGAAGCCUUAAAUUUGUCACUGAAACCAAAGAUCUUUAAGAGGGACAAUGAACUGGGUGUUGCCCAUCAUGGUCGACCCCCGACCUGCUACCUCUGCAUAUCCCCCUCCUGGUUCCAUCCAAUCUCUGCAGAGAUGUCUCUGUCUCUUCUGGAGCUGGCUGGGAGUGCGAAGACUGGGGAAGCCCCAGGGAGCUCUGGUUCCCAGCUGUCUGUUGGGUCUCUGCCAUGUGUUCUGUGCUGUAGGUUAUAUAAUCUGAUGGCGUUCCAGGCUCCCCCUCCUAAUUACCAGAGUUGUAACAAAAUGAUUUCCAGUGAGAACUGAAUGUCCCGUCCUAUAUAUAUAUGCACAGCGUGAUCCCCCCCAGGCCCUUCUCCCCUUUGUGUCUGGAUUUGCGGCACGCUGAAUGGAGAUUAGUGGCUUGCAGAAAACAGAUGAUGGAUUUGAAGUCUUAUUAACCUAAAGACUCCAGCCCAAACCUGGAGGGUGUUCCUGAUCUUCUCCUGUGACUUGAUAGAGGAACCCCGUCCCACUGUCUCCCUUAUGUGUUAAGCUACUUAGGUGCCCGGGUGCAGCUGUGCCUUAUACUACCUCAGGUGGAUAAUAUGUAUACGGUUAUAACAUCAUGGCAAUAUGCUGUAUAUUUAAAGCAGAUUAGGACAACCUGUGGCUCACCGGCUGGCAGGUUAUGUUGGAACUUGUAGUUCCGCAACAGCUGGCGAGACCCAUUGUUUUCCCAUCUUUGCUGCAUUGCAAAUCCGUAAUCUCCCUGUUCAGACUAUGGUCUUCACAACAUGCAUGUAGCGUUGCCCUGUAAGGGAAUGUGCUUAUUGAGGUCACACCUAAACCUGUAACUAAAGGGCUGUAAUAUAUGUGUAAGUGUAGAUAGUGUUAAUAAAUAAUAAUAUUUAACGCA